AAUAUUAAAAUAGCCUGACCUUCUUCAAGAUUCCUGACCUUAUGAGAUAGUUAAUUUUGGCUGCUUGUUUUAUCCGCAACGGUCGGUUAGUAGCAGUAGAUGUAGCUGUCGAAGAUGUCUGUCCAUGAUAAUCUGGAUUAAGAUUUUUUACUCGAAGUGAUCCUCGGGAAUCCUGAAGCAUCGUUUCCUGCAUGUAAAGGGCACCUUAAAUACCGGCAGCAAAAAUGGUCCACAGCAAACAGACAAGAGUCAUGCUACUCAAUGACAUGGAGAAACUCGAGCGGACUCUGUUUCGACUGGAGCAAGGCUAUGAGCUCCAAUUCCGGCUGGGCCCCACUCUGCAGGGGAAAAAUGUGCAUGUUCACAUCAACUACCCAGCAGAAGGAGAGAAGUUUGACCGCCACAAGUUUCGUGCUUUAGAAUGGGCGAAUCCCACUGGGAAAGAGGAUGACUCCGACAAGUUCUGUAAACUCGAACUGAAGAUUGCAGGGUCAUAUCAGUAUUAUUUUGGCUGUGGAAAUGAAGAGAAGACUGGCGGUGGCUACAUUGUAGUGGAUCCAAUUCUGCGUGUGGGUGCAGAUAAUCAUGUUCUCCCUUUGGACUGCAUCAGCAUUCAGACCUAUUUGACAAAGUGUCUUGGUCCUUUGAGCGAAUGGCUGGACAGGCUCCGAGUGGCAAAGGAGUCUGGGUAUAACAUGAUUCACUUCACGCCCCUGCAGACGCUAGGCAAGUCACGUUCAUGCUACUCUUUGGCGGAUCAGUUGGAGCUGAAUCCGGAGUUCUCUUCCCCCGGGAAAAAGGCGAGCUGGAAAGAUGUUGGCAAGCUGGUGGAAAAGCUCAGGAAAGAGUGGAAUGUGGCCUGCAUCACUGAUGUGGUUUACAAUCACACAGCUUCUAACAGUAAGUGGAUUCGAGAGCACCCUGAGUGUGGUUACAACCUGGUGAACUCCCCUCACCUAAAGCCGGCCUGGGUGCUGGACAGGGCCAUAUGGCACCUUACCUGCAACGCUGCCGAUGGGAAAUACAGGGACCGCGGCUUACCUGAUAUCAUUCAGAAUGAGCAGCAUCUGAACACAAUCCGCGGAAUCAUUUGGCAGGAUGUCUUCCCCAAAAUUAAACUGUGGGAGUUCUUCCAAGUUAAUGUGGAAAAAAUUGUUGCGGAAUUUAAGAAGCUGCUUGAAAGUGGCAGCAAGGCAGCGACAACUAAGAAAGAGGGAAAAGAACAUCUGAAGAUAAUCCAGGACCCCGAGUACAAGCAAUUUGGCGGCACUGUGGAUAUGAACACGGCACUUGAGACUUUCAUUCCUCAAAGCAAUAGUCCCUCGGCCAUUCAGGAAUGUUGUGGCUGGCUCAGGAAAAGGCUGGAGGAGCUGAAUGCAGAGUGCUACAAGCUGACACAUUGCCACCAGGAGCAGGCUGUAAACUGCAUUGUUGGGAGCCUUGUUUACGAACGCCUGGCUGACCAUGGGCCCAAAUUGGGCCCCAUCACUCGGACAAAUCCGAUCGUCACGCGUUAUUUCACCUUCCCCUUCGAGGAGGUGACCCUGGACCAGGACCUGAAGAUGAUACACAAGCCGGACAAAGCCUGCCAUUUCCUGGCCCACAACGGCUGGGUGAUGGGAGAUGACCCCCUGAGGAACUUCGCUGAGCCAGGAUCCAAUGUCUACCUCAGAAGAGAGCUGAUUUGCUGGAGCGACAGCGUCAAGCUUCGCUAUGGCAACAAGCCGGUGGACUGCCCUUUCUUGUGGGCCCACAUGAAGAAGUACACAGAGCUGACAGCCAAGCACUUCUGCGGAGUGCGGCUUGACAACUGCCAUUCCACCCCCAUCCACGUGGCGGAGUACUUGCUGGAGGUUGCCCGCACAGUAAGGCCUGGGCUGUACAUAGUGGCUGAGCUGUUCACAGGAAGCGCAGAUCUGGACAAUGUCUUUGUGACUAGGCUUGGUAUAACCUCCCUCAUCAGAGAGGCUAUGAGCGCUGGGGAUAGCCACGAGGAGGGCAGGCUGGUGUAUCGUUUUGGGGGCGAGCCCGUCGGAGCAUUUGUCCAGCCCAGUCUCAGACCUUUAGUGCCCUCUAUCGCUCACGCUAUGUUUCUGGAUGUCACCCAUGACAACGAGUGCCCUAUUCAGACCCGCUCAGCGUUCGAUGCCCUCCCCAGUGCAGCGAUAGUCUCAAUGGCCUCCUGUGCCACUGGCAGUACCCGGGGCUAUGAUGAACUUGUACCACAUCAGAUCUCGGUGGUGAACGAAGAACGCUUCUACCCCAAGUGGAACCCUCAGGCCAAGCCCUCAUCCACAGGAGAGGUGAAUCUGCACAGUGGCAUCAUCGCCGGGAAAAGUGCCCUCAACAAGCUGCAUCAGGAGCUAUCUGCCAAGGGCUUCAUCCAGGUUUACGUGGAUCAGGUGGACGAGGACAUCGUCGCGGUAACCAGGCACUGCCCCAGCACCCACCAGUCUGUGGUGACCGUUUCCCGCACGGCCUUCCAGAACCCCAAGAGCCACCAAUACAGAGACAACGUGCCGCCCAUGUUUAUCCCAGGUAAAAUUGAGGAGGUUGUUCUAGAGGCCAGGACAAUGGAGAGAAAAGCUGGUCCAUACCAGAAAGAUGAGAAGUGCAUUAAUGGCAUGCCCGAGUACACGGUUGAGAUUAGAGAACACAUCCAGCUGAAAGACAGCAGGAUAGUGAAACAGGCGGAGGUGAGAUCAAAGGGUCGCAGCGAGUUUGUGCAGGAGAUUGUGUUCGAGCGGCUGACUCCAGGGAGCGUGAUUGCCUUCAGGGUGAGCUUGGACCCCAAAUCCCAGGAGAUGGUGGGCCUGCUUCGAAACCACCUCAUCCAGUUCAGUCCUCGGUUCAAACACGGCAGUCUGACUGAUGACAAGGCCCCAGCUAUUCUGAAAACCCCACUGACAGCCAUCAUCUCCAAGCUGACCCUGGCUGACAUGAACAUUCUGCUGUUCCGCUGUGACGCUGAGGAGCAAGAGGACGGCGGGGGGUGUUACAGUAUCCCCUCGUGGAUGCCUCUGAAAUACAGUGGCUUUCAAGGUAUAAUGUCGGUUAUGGCCGAUAUUCGUCCCAAAAACGAUUUGGGGCACCCCUUCUGUGACAAUUUGAGACAAGGGGACUGGAUGAUCGACUACGUGAGCAAUCGAUUAGCAUCCAGGGGGGGUGCUCUGGGAGAGGUGGGGCUGUGGCUGCAGGCCAUGUUUGGCUACCUUAAGCAUAUCCCACGCUAUCUUAUCCCUUGCUACUUCGAUUCCAUCAUGGUUGGGGCGUACACCACCGCUCUGGACGCUACUUUCAACCUGAUGUCAAGUUUUGUGCAGAGUGGCUCCACCUUCGUGAAGCUGCUGGCCCUUGGCUCAGUGCAGAUGUGUGGGGUGGGCCGCUUCCCUGCCCUCCCCCCAUUGUCCCCCACCCUGCACGAUGUCCCCCUUCACCUCAGUAAGGUCACCAAGAAACAGGAGCAGUUCUGCGUGUCCCUGGCUGCAGGUUUGCCUCAUUUUGCUUCUGGAAUCUUCCGCUGCUGGGGCCGGGACACCUUUAUUGCCCUGCGUGGCCUGAUGUUGGUCACUGGGAGGCACUUGGAAGCCAGGAACAUCAUCCUCGCCUUCGCUGGCACCCUGAGACACGGUCUGAUUCCAAACCUGUUGGGCGAGGGCAUCUGCGCCAGGUUCAACUGCAGGGAUGCCGUGUGGUGGUGGCUGCAGUGCAUCCAGGACUACUGCAACAUGGUGCCCAACGGCACUGACAUCCUCCAGUGCCCCGUGUCCAGAAUGUACCCGACGGACGACUCUAAGCCCCUGCCAGCCGGGACUGUGGAACAACCCCUUUAUGACGUCAUCCAUGAGGCCAUGCAGCGGCACAUGCAGGGAAUAGAAUUCCGUGAGCGGAAUGCCGGACCCCAGAUUGACCGCAACAUGAGAGAUGAGGGCUUCAAUGUGGAGAGUAAAGUAAAUCCAGACACUGGAUUUGUAUAUGGUGGCAAUCGCUUCAACUGUGGUACAUGGAUGGACAAAAUGGGAGAAAGUGACAGAGCUCGCAAUAAAGGAAUUCCAGCCACACCUAGGGAUGGCUCGGCUGUGGAGAUUGUUGGUCUCAGUAAGUCCACUGUCCGUUGGCUGUGUGAGCUCCACAAGAAGGGACUGUUCCCCUACGCGGCCCUCACCAUCCAAAGGGGAGGAAAGCAGCUUUCAGUGUCCUAUGAAGAUUGGAACCGAAAGAUACAGAGCAAUUUUGAGAAGAUGUUCUACGUGUCACAUGACCCGAAAGACCCCAAUGAGAAACGCCCUGACCUGGUGCACAAAAGGGGGAUUUACAAGGACAGUUUUGGGGCCUCUAGCCCCUGGUGUGACUAUCAGCUCCGGGCCAACUUCCCCAUAGCCAUGGUGGUGGCACCAGAGCUGUUCACAGUACAGAGAGCAUGGGAAGCCCUGGAGAUGGCAGAGAAGAAGCUGCUGGGGCCUCUGGGAAUGAAAACCUUGGAUCCAGAUGACAUGGUAUACUGUGGCAUCUACGAUAAUGCUCUGGAUAAUGACAACUACAAUGUAGCGAGAGGCUUCAACUACCACCAAGGACCUGAAUGGCUUUGGCCUGUUGGCUACUUCCUGCGUGCCAAAAUGUACUUUGCCAAGAAAAUGGGGAAGGAGACAUAUGAGAAAACCGUUUAUCUUGUGAAGAAUGUUCUCUCUCGACAUUAUGUCCACCUGGAGAGAUCAUCCUGGAAGGGUCUGCCUGAACUGACCAAUGAAAAUGGUCAGUAUUGCCCCUUCAGCUGCGAAACCCAGGCCUGGUCAGUGGCCACUGUCCUGGAAGUGCUUCAUGAUCUAUAAACGCUCACUCAACGUCAGCGAAAUGCACCCGCCCACAUGUCAGUCUUCCAGCCUCAGAGUGUCCUUGCAGCUCAUGUAGCAGCUCAGUAUUUUGUGUUAUAUUUUUUCCCUUUUUCUCCCUAUACAUCUGCACUGCCCUGGUUUCACAAUGUUUUGAGGCAGUAAAUUCCAGCAUUUGUUAUGCUGAGAAAGAAGAAUACUUUGCAGUGCAAUAGAUAUGGCCUCACUAGGUAUGAUUUUUCUCAGUCAUUUCAGUAUUAUAUUUAAAAGGGUUAGUCAGUACUGUAAUUCGUUUUUAACCCACUAUCUUGAGUAAUCCUUUCAGACACAACAUCUCUGACACAGCCAGUGUUACUUGUGGAUGUCUGUUGUUUUCAGUGUUUUACCAAUUACCUGUAUACUGUAUACUAGUUAUAAAUGUCAUUUUAUUUAAAAAUGAAUUCAAAUGGCAAUUGAAAUAAUUAACUAUGCCCUAUACUGGAGUUCUGCACAUUUGUGGUUCACACAUUAGAAUUUCUGCUUCUAAAAAUGGUGCUCAUUGUGAUAUUUGCAGGAUUAUAUAAACAGCCUUGCCAACCAUGA